GUGGCCAGGCCUCAUUGGCUUUUGCUCUUGGACGUAGGGCGUCACGCACCGCGUCCGUCUGUCUUCCUGCUACGUCAUUCACGGGCGCCCACCCUGACGAAGGCAGAGAGUAGACAGGCGAACUGGCGGUGGCGGCAGCUGAACCGAGACAGUAGUAGCGGCGACAGCCACAGCAGCAGCAAUGGCCGGGGCGGGGCCAGCUCCGGGACUCCCGGUUGCAGGAGGAUCCGUGGUCCCGGGCCCUGGUGCCGGCAUCCCGGGCAAGAGCGGCGAGGAACGCUUGAAGGAAAUGGAGGCGGAGAUGGCCCUGUUUGAGCAGGAAGUUCUGGGGGCUCCAGUAACCGGAAUCCCAACUGCUGUACCUGCGGUGCCCACCGUUCCCACGGUUCCCACGGUAGAAGCGAUGCAAGUCCCAGCAGCUCCUGUGAUCCGCCCAAUUAUCGCGACCAACACAUACCAGCAGGUCCAACAGACUCUGGAGGCCCGGGCAGCUGCUGCAGCCACUGUAGUUCCUCCCAUGGUGGGUGGCCCUCCUUUUGUGGGCCCAGUUGGCUUUGGCCCAGCUGAUCGGAGUCACCUGGACAGUCCAGAGGCUCGAGAAGCCAUGUUCCUGAGGCGAGCAGCUGUGGCCCCUCAGAGGGCCCCUAUCCUGCGUCCGGCCUUCGUCCCCCACGUGCUACAGAGAGCAGAUUCUGCUCUCUCUUCUGUAGCAGGUGGUCCCCGCCCGAUGGCCCUGCGGCCCCCUCACCAGGCCCUCGUAGGACCCCCUCUGCCUGGGCCCCCUGGACCACCCAUGAUGCUACCACCAAUGGCUCGGGCCCCAGGCCCCCCCCUGAGCUCCAUGACUGCUCUAAGGCCUCCCCUGGAAGAGCCAGCGGCACCCCGAGAACUGGGCCUAGGCCUGGGGUUGGGCCUGAAAGAAAAGGAGGAAGCAGUGGUGGCAGCAGCGGCUGGGCUGGAGGAGGCUAGUGCAGCUGUGGCUGUGGGGACAGGAGGUGCCCCAGCUGGCCCUGCAGUCAUUGGGCCUAGCCUACCACUGGCCCUGGCCAUGCCAUUGCCUGAGCCUGAGCCCCUGCCUCUCCCGCUGGAGGUAGUGCGCGGCCUGCUGCCCCCGCUGCGCAUUCCUGAGCUCCUAUCCUUACGUCCACGACCCCGGCCCCCUCGGCCUGAGCCACCCCCUGGUCUCAUGGCUCUUGAGGUCCCAGAGCCUCUGGGUGAAGACAAGAAGAAGGGAAAGCCAGAGAAAUUGAAACGCUGCAUCCGCACGGCAGCUGGGAGCAGCUGGGAAGACCCUAGCCUGCUGGAGUGGGAUGCAGACGACUUCCGGAUCUUCUGCGGAGAUCUGGGGAAUGAGGUGAACGAUGACAUCCUGGCUCGCGCCUUCAGCCGCUUCCCAUCCUUCCUCAAGGCCAAGGUGAUCCGUGACAAGCGCACGGGCAAGACCAAGGGCUAUGGCUUUGUCAGCUUCAAGGACCCCAGUGACUAUGUGCGCGCCAUGCGUGAGAUGAAUGGAAAGUAUGUGGGCUCGCGCCUAUCAAGCUUCGCAAGAGCAUGUGGAAGGACCGAAACCUGGACGUGGUCCGCAAGAAACAGAAGGAAAAGAAGAAAUUGGGCCUGAGAUAGGGUCUGUGGCUGGGUGCUAGCUCCUCCCCACACUUGGCUUUGGAAAACCCCAACUGUCCACCCAUCCACCCCAAAACCACUUUCAAUAAAUUUAAGUCAUUUCCA